AUGAAGCGCGGAGAUACGACCCCUCGUCCGCGUCGUGGUCCGGGGCGACCCCGAAAACCGCAUACUGAGUCUGUAGAGGCUGAGCCAGUGGAGUACGAGGAGGAUUAUGUUAGGGAUCCUACAGAGGUUGAGAUUGACAGCCGUGCACAGACUCCUCAGGACAGAGCUCGGAUUCCCUUACUGGCCCGAUCGGUAAAGGAUCGUUUUACCUUAUUCUAUGGAGUUCCCGACCCCAGUGUGGCCCGUUCCUGGUUGGGAAAUGUGGAGGAUACAUUCGAGUAUUUGUCUUGUACUGAGGAAGAAAAAGCCGAACUAGCUGCAUAUCACCUCCGAGAUCAGGUUGUUACCUGGUGGAAGAUGCAGAAGUCCCUCUUUGGGAAUCAGAGUAUUACCUGGGCUUUAUUCAGAGAUGCCUUCGAGAGACAAUAUUUUCCAGCUCCUUACCGUAUAGCCCGUCGACAGGAAUUCUUAAGUCUUAAGCAGGGGGAUAGAUCGGUGAUGGAGUAUGAGGCAGAGUUUAACCGAUUAGCUGAGUACUGCCCGCAACUUAUUGCUCAGGACAACGAUCGGUUAGACCAGUUUACCCAGGGCCUUGCGGCGUAUAUUCGUAUCCAGAUGUCGGGUUUUACUCCCAACACUUACAGAGAGGCAUUGGACAGAGCAUUGAUGAUUGAGAUGACACAGCAGCAAGUUUCUCAGGAGCGGGGAAAGGAUAAACAGAAGGCACAGGGUACAGCUCCAAAUCAGAAACAACAAUACAAGGAUAAGAAAAAGCGGAAGAAAUGGCAGGGAUCCCAGAAUGCUUCGGGGGAGUCUUAUCGAUCAGCGAAGACAGGACGAUCAUCAACUGGUUCAUCUAAGUCUUCUUAG